AUGGCGGCCUGGGCGCGGGCAGUGCGGGGGCUGCUGCUGGACGUCAGCGGGGUCCUCUACGACAGCGGCGGCGAUGGCGGGGUGCCCAUCGCCGGCUCGGUGGAGGCGGUGAGCAGGAUCAAAGCAUCUGGUCUGAAGCUGCGGUUCUGCACUAAUGAAACCCAAGCGACGCGGGAGGAGUUCGUGAAGAAGCUCCAGGGCAUGGGCUUUGACAUCUCUGUGGCCGAGGUCACUGCCCCAGCACCAGCAGCCUGCCGCAUUUUGAAGGAGCGCAACUUGAGGCCGCACUUGCUUGUGCACAAUGAUCUUGUCCCUGAAUUUGCUGAGAUUGAUAAAGCAAACCCAAACUGUGUGGUUAUUGGAGAUGCAGCAGAAAACUUCACCUAUGCAAACCUUAAUGAAGCUUUCCGAGUUCUGAUUGGGAUGGAGAAGCCUGUUUUGAUCUCCCUUGGAAGAGGACGCUACUAUAAAGAAACCGAUGGUCUGAAACUUGAUGUUGGAGCAUAUAUGAAGGCAUUAGAGUAUGCUUGUGAUGUUCAAGCUGAGGUAGUGGGAAAACCAGCAAAAAUGUUUUUUGAGUCAGCCUUAGCAGAAAUGGGAGUUCCACCGCAGCAGGCCAUCAUGAUUGGAGAUGAUAUUGUGAAUGAUGUAGGAGGUGCCCAGCGGUGCGGUAUGAGAGCUCUGCAAGUGCGGACAGGGAAGUACAGGCCUUGCGAUGAAAACCACCCCGACGUGAAGCCUGACGCGUACGUGAACAACCUCGCCGAAGCGGUUGACAUUAUCCUCCAGCAGCUGUAAAACCGACGGCGCCGUGGGCGAUCGGAAGGAACGGGGACGAGGCCUCACAUGCAGCCCCUCCGAGCACGAGGCCGCUUCGUCCUCUCCCACCUCCAUCUGACGUUAACGGACCCAGACCUAGCCUUGCCCGGGGUGGUGAACGCCUACGUUCCUCAAUAUUUCACGUAACGGUACUAAAAUGAUCUGCUGACCUCAUCAAAGGGAACACCAAACCUCCCGUCCUCCGGCACCUCUUGAAUGUCUUCCCCUUGGUGCUGUGGCCCUGCCAGCACAGGCGAAAUCAGCUCUCCCAAAAAUGCCAGGCUCUUCCCUGGCCGGGGCUGAGCCUUGUCUGCCCGAGGGGAGCCCUGAGGGUGGUGAGGGGCUUCUGCCUCCUCCAGCUGAUGCUGGGGGGGGGCUGUACCCCCUUUAACUCUUUGCUCACAUGGGGGAUAGAGCCUGGUGGUGCCCGGGUGGGAAACAGGGGACCCGACACCCCUUCACGGACAAACUUUGCUGUUUAAAUCACCCUUUCUGUGCCUUUUGGGGUGCCUGAGAUGGGAUGGGGGAUGUCCUUGAGGGGUGAUGGAGGCCACCAAGCCCUGAGCUGGGGUGCGCCGGCCCGGCCCCACUCUGCGGGGUCCCAUGUGUGCCUCUCGCUAUGGGUGGCACAAAAACCCUGGGGAGGGGGACAGCCCCUGCGCCCUUGGCAAGCCGGUAACCAUGUUUCUGCCACGGUUAGCCCCUGUCCGGCACCGCCCCGGGUUAGGGCACAGGAAUGCAGCAACGCUGCAAUAUAUUACAGAAUAACUGCGCCAUCCUGUCGGGAAUAAACCUCGUC